AUGGCAGGCACAAAGCUAGUAUCACUGGGGCUCAUUGUCCUCAUGAGCAUGGGAUUAGCCAAUGCUGUUAGGGGAGGGGGUGGCGGAUAUGUGAAUGGCGGGGGAUCGGGGUCUGGGUCUGGCACGGGAUCAGGUGAUAGUGGUCCUUAUGGUACCCAUGCAAGUGCUGGAGGGGGUGGUGGAGGUGGUGGAACUAGCCAAUACGGUGGGUCUGGAUAUGGUUCAGGGUCAGGGUCAGGUUCAGGGUCUAGUACAUAUAGUCAAGGACGGUAUUCUGGCUAUGGAGAGUCUUCUAAUGCUGGUGGUGCCGGUGGGGGUGGGGGUGGAGGACAAGCCGGAGGUGCUUGGAAUUCCAAUGCUCAAGGAUCCGGUAGUGGCACUGGUUCUGGCUCUAGCCAUGCUAACAGGUAUUGGUAUGGAUCAAAUGAAGCAGGUGCAAGUGCUAGUGGCAAUGGUGGUGGCACAGGAAAUAGUCAAAAUGGUGGCCGUGGUGGCGGUUCUGGUGCCGGAACUGGAUAUGGCAAUGCCUACCCAUAA